CUGUGGCAUUGAACAUUUAAAUGUCAUAUCUAACUUCAUGACGACAUGUGAAGAGGUCAGGGAUGUAACGGAAAAGAAAGAAACUGGUAGAAUUGUCAUUUAAUAAACAGUCACAAUCAGAUUCACAAGCGUUUUUUCUCGUACGAAGUUAUGAUAUUGAAAUCUGUCGUCAAAAUUUCACAACAUUUCAAAAGUUUUGCUAUUAAAUUCCUAUGUUUUCCUCGUCUUCAAGCGAAUGUGAUUGUGAUUUUGAUCGGUAUGUUGCUGAAUCGGAAUUUGCGGAUAACUUUUGCCAAAACUGGACGAAUCCCGUUUACGACGCCAUGAAAAACCCAUUUAUUUAUUACGCUCAAAUUCCUCAACCGCUCAAUAGUCAACACUACAAAAAAGAAAGAAGAAACAAGAAUUGGUUCGUGAAAGCGUUCCAAUGGUAUACGCAGGAACGUACAAUUAAUCAAAGAAACAGAAGGAGAUUCGAUUAUGAAAAUAAUUUACCUGAAUUCUCGGCUUGGUUGGACAACAAAUACGAACAUUACCUAAAAGAAAAUUUGUAUCGAAGCACGUUUCAUAUAAAACUAAAACAAACAUCGACUUUUGAAGCUAACACUUUGCCGACAGAUAAUAGAUUACAAGCAAAAAUACUUUCUCUGAGCCAAGACGGUGGUGAUGGACAAGAGAAAACAAUGGGCAGCUUUGAAUACAUUUUACGACCAAAAAAUAGCAUAGAGUGUUGCUGCUCCUCUCAACCCUCCGAACGCUAUCAAACCCCAGUGAAUACAACCAAACAUACAACGCAGCAAGUUUCGAAGGCCAUUAAGCACAAAUCUAAAAGUCUAACAAGCUUACGCACUGUCUACCAGCCCCUUGAUCCAGCUACAUUGAGCGUCGAAAUCAAAUGCCACUGUGAACAACAUUCUGAAGAAAUAACAAAAUAUAGAAACAAAUCUAACAGACAUGAGAAUAAAGAUGUUUUAUGCUGUUGUUUAGAUAAAUACAGUGGGGUAACAGGUAAAACUUCGAAUAAAUAUGCCACGGAACCAGUGUCAAAAUCUGAUAAAAAUAAAUUUACCAACUUUGAAGAUUCACUUGAACAAUCGCGAGUGAAUAUUAAAGCUACCCCUGGUAAUGUACUUUGCCAGUGUUCAGUCAAUGGCGGUCAAAAAGACAAAAGUGACAGAUUUUAUCGAGACAAGAACAGAAAUGAAUCCAUACAAAUAUCUCAUGUCUGUUGUCCUUCGAAAUUAAAUAUGUGCGCGGCCGCUGAAAACGUUUUCCUUGAAACAAAUAACUUCGGAAUUGUUCGAACAAACAAAGAACCUUUCGAUUUGUUUACUGACGAAAUGUCGCAAACUUCCGACUAUUCACUAAACCUGCACGAAUACGUAAACAGCACGCGUCCAACUUUUUUGAAAGUUUACUGCGGUGAUGUUACAUGCGAAGACUGCAACUCAAAAUGAAGUUUGAUUUUCUAAGUAAUUAAUAAUAUAUGAAAUUUCAUGAUUGUUAACUCACUUAAAUCAUUGAAAACCAACCAAUUCAUGAAAAUGUUAUGAAAAAAUAAAAAAAUAAAAUAAAUUAUCUCUG